AUGAAAUUUUCAACUAAAAUCCUGGUUUCAAUAUUAUCUGCUACACUAGCUUAUGCUGGUGCUUUUAAUGCUUUAUCAUUUAACGUUGCUGGUUUACCUCAAAUCUUACAAAAUAAUGGUGAAGAACUAGAUAAAGACAUUGCAACUCAAAAAAUUGGUGAAGAUUUUGCCUCAAUGAAAGAUCAAUUAGAUAUUAUCAACGUUCAAGAAGAUUUCAAUUAUCAUGCUAAACUAUAUGAUUAUGAUAAUCAUCCUUAUAGAACUGCAACUUCAGGAGGUGUUCCAUUUGGAAGUGGAUUAAAUACUUUAUCAAAUUAUGAAAUCUUACACACAAAAAGAAUCAAGUGGAAUGAAUGCUCAAAUGCUUCUGAAAAUGAUUGUUUAACACCAAAGGGGUUCACUGUUUCAACUUUGAGACUUGAUGGUCAUAUAGUUAAUGUUAUUAAUCUCCACACUGAUGCUGGUACUGAAGAUGAUGAUAAUGCUAAAAGAAAUAGUAAUUUAAAACAAGUUGCUGAUUAUAUAGAUUCAAAUUUAUAUGAUCAAGCUGUCUUAGUAUUUGGUGAUACAAAUUCAAGAUAUACAAGAGCAAGUGAUGAUAUUGCCAUUUUCACAAAUCAAAAUGGAUUAGAAGAUCCUUGGAUUGUAUUAGAAAGAAAUGGUAUAGUACCAGAAAAAGGAGCAGAUUCUAUCAUGUGUCAAUUACCAUCUACAGAAAAUAAUUGUGAAACUGUUGAUAAAAUGUUUUAUCGUGGUGAUAAAACUAUAAGUUUUAAAGCAGAUACAUUCCAUUACGCUGGUAAUUUAUUUGUUCAUGAAGGCAAACAAUUAUCAGAUCAUAACCCAAUUUUGGUCAGUUUCACUUAUACUUCUUCAGAAGAUUUCAAAACUUCAGAAUUAAUUGGGGGAUAUCAUAGUAAUUAUUUCAAUGAUAUUGGUAAAAUUAAUAAAGGUGUUAAAACAACUAAGAUCUCACUUAAAGGCGCCAACAGAUUAGAUUCAGUUGGGUUAACUUUGAGUGAUGGUACUAAAUUUGUCCAUGGUGGGUCAGGUGGUGAAGAAACAACUGUUAAUCUGUCCACUGAUGAAUAUUGGACAAAAGCAUAUUUAUGUACUGGUAAAAAGGAUGAUCAUACAAGAAUUUUUUAUAUAAAUGGUACUACAACUACUGGUAAAACAUUCCAAGCCGGUACUAAGACAAGUGAUUGUAAAUACUUUGAAGCGCCACAAGGGUAUCAAAUAACUGGUUAUUUUGGUCAAAGUGGUGAUAAUGUUGAUUUGUUAGGUUUCAUUUACAUAAAGCAAUAG